CUUCCGCGGCUGGAGCACCCGCCCGCGGCGGACGGGUCACUGACCGUCCUCGCCGUCGGCGACUGGGGGCGGCGCGGCCACUUCAAUCAGUCCCUGGUUGCCAAGCAGAUGGGAAUAAUAGGGGAGAAGAUGGACAUCGACUUCGUCGUCAACGUCGGCGACAACUUCUAUAAGAACGGCCUCACCGGCGUCCACGACAAGGCCUUCGAGGAGUCCUUCACCAACAUCUACACCGCCAAGAGCCUCCAGAAGCCCUGGUACACAAUUCUUGGCAACCAUGACUACAGAGGCGACGCGCUUGCGCAGCUAAGCCCCGUCCUUCGCAAACUCGACAGCCGAUGGAUCUGCAUGAAGUCCUUCAUCGUCAACGCAGAGAUUGCGGACUUCUUCUUCGUCGACACGACGCCCUUCGUCCUCAAGUACUGGAACGGCUCUAAGAACAGCACGUACGACUGGAGAGGGGUCGCUCCUCGCAAGUCCUACAUCGCAAACGUCCUCAGGGAUGUAGACACCGCACUGAAGCAGUCCAAGGCGGCGUGGAAGAUCGUCGUCGGCCACCAUGCCAUCAGGAGCGUCAGUGAGCAUGGGGACACCGAAGAGCUCGUGCAGAAGCUCCUCCCAAUCCUCAAGGCCAAUGGGGUUGACCUCUACAUCAAUGGCCAUGACCACUGCCUUGAACACAUCAGCAGCAGGGACAGUCCGCUUCAGUACCUAACAAGUGGCGCGGGUCAAUGGCCUGGCGCGGCGUCUUCACACCCAACUCUGACAAGCUGGAGUUCUUCUACGACGGACAGGGGUUCAUGUCGCUGCGGCUGA